GUUAGCUUGCCUUUUCGAACGAAUGAUCAAAACAUUUUGUUCUURAAGCUUUGAGAAAUAUCAUAAUCAUCUAAAUAAUUAACUCUGAGACAAGACAUUUCCAUUGCAAAUAUGGAGGGCAUUGGUUUUGAUGUCAAUGAAUUGGAAAACAUGAAACGKCCACAACUUCAGAAGUUGUGCAAAAAGUUUGGGAUAAAGGCGAACAGCAAGACAAGCCAGCUGAUCAGUGACUUGACGGACUACGCAAAACUUCAUUCAGCUGAURACRAACAAAACACUAAGACGCCCGAGUCCAAUCACGCCUCGUGUUUGACAGAAGAAAGUACAAACAAGCCUUGUGGCGAUGAAUCGGUGACCAUGMACAACGAGGAACCAUCAUACAAGCAACAAAUAAUGCAGCAUUUGGAGAAAAAAGUCGAGGAAACUUUAAAGCAAAGCAAGAUUCCACGAUUGAUGGACAGAAAUGUUACAUUUUGUGUUGGAUCAACACCUCCAACACUAAGUCAAUCAAAGAAAAAAGAACACCCGGCCUUCAAAAAAAUGGAUUCAAUUGAUGUGUAUCUAGAAAAGAAAAGGAAAAGAACUCAAACCCUUUAUGCCAAUAUGAAAAAAGCAAAGGAUGUUGCAAACACUGCAAGGAGCAUUGUUGCAGACAUGAAAGCAUCACACAAUACACCAGCUCGAGAGUCACCAAAGAGAAUAAGAAGAGCUACCUUCAACAUUGAUAAAAGUGAAAAUGUGAAGGUUCCAACUUCAUUUUCCUUUGGUCAUCUCAAGUCACCAAAGAUUGUAAAACCUGUUUUUGGACAAGAAAAGACAAAGACACCAGGCAUUGCCUCAAGAAAGUCCAUGUUAUCACAUAGUAAAGCUAAAGAAAAUAAAACCMYAUUUGAAUCUAGGAAAUCCAUUGCAGUUACACCAUUUAGGUACAACAACGCUGGCUUGGAGAAUACAAAUGCUGUAGGCUCGGUUUCAGCAAAGAAAAAGUUUGACCUACAAGCAAGUUUGUCAAAGCCUCUCACAUAUAAGCCACACAAGGGAAAAAUUGAAAAAUUCCCAUACAUAUGCAAAGACUCCAAAAUACCUGUCAAAGUGAACAGAAAACCUCUAGUAGACCACAAAGUUGAUGUAAAAAAUGUYAAAGUUACUUCAAGAGUUGAAAGGAGGCAGAAUAACAGACGCAGUAGAGCAGAUAAGAGACAUAAUACUAUGCUUGCUAGAAGAGGUCUCAUAAGUUAAUCAUUUUCAUUUUAAAGAGCCUACCAGUUGUAAAUACAGCAAUAACUUAGUCAUACCUGAAAAACAUUUUUAUUUAGCUAAAAAAAUAAUAGACAAAUAUGUCUGACUCUAGUUGGGUUAUGUGUUGGUCAUGUUUCAUAUAAGACAGUAUUUUGACUGUUCAUGCCACUAAAAUUGCUUAAGAGCAUACAAUAUCUUAUAUUUUAUUGGUUCAAGUAAAAGAUUUUUAAGUAUCUUGCAAGAGGUUUGAAAUUUCUUACACRGCUAGUUGCCAAUGGUUUUAAAAUGUGAUUUGCAAAUUCUAAUCUUAGGGCAUCUUUCCGUAAAAAUUUAUAUACACAUCUCAGAUGUCUUGUAAAUAAUAUUAGAUUGUUUUUACUGUAGCAUUUAUAUUAAAUGUACUCCUGUCAAGAAGAAAGUAUA